AUCCCGCGGCGGCGGAGCGGCGGUGCCCGGGAGGAUGCCGGGGAAGCGGGGCUCGGCGGGCGGCGGUGGCGGUGGCGGUGAGCUCCCGGCGGCCGGCGCGCCGCGGCAGCGCAGGCGGCGGAGGAAGGUCUCCUGCUUCUCCAGCAUCCAGCUCUUCCUGGUGUCCGAGUGCGCCCUGAUGCUGGCCCAGGGCACGGUGGGAGCCUACCUGGUGAGUGUUUUAACCACCUUGGAGCGGCGAUUCAACCUCCAGAGUGCUGACGUGGGCGUCAUUGCCAGCAGCUUCGAGAUUGGCAACCUGGCCCUCAUCCUCUUCGUGAGCUACUUYGGAGCCCGGGGACACCGGCCACGCUUGAUAGGAUGUGGAGGGAUCGUCAUGGCCUUGGGUGCCCUCCUUUCUGCCUUGCCUGAAUUUCUGACCCACCAGUACGAGUACGAAUCGGGAGAAAUCCGCUGGGGUGCUGAAGGGAGGGAUGUGUGCGCUGUCAACGGGUCCACCAGCGAYGAGGGACCAGACCCGGACCUUAUCUGCAGAAAUAGGACUGCUACCAACAUGAUGUACUUGCUGCUCAUCGGGGCACAGGUCCUCCUGGGCAUUGGUGCUACCCCUGUCCAGCCCCUGGGAGUUUCCUACAUCGAUGACCACGUCAGGCGGAAAGAUUCCUCCCUGUACAUAGGGAUCCUGUUUACGAUGCUGGUAUUUGGACCAGCCUGUGGAUUUAUCUUGGGCUCCUUCUGUACCAAAAUCUAUGUGGAUGCUGUCUUCAUUGACACAAGCAAGCUGGACAUAACCCCGGACGACCCUCGGUGGAUCGGAGCGUGGUGGGGAGGUUUCCUGCUGUGCGGUGCCUUACUCUUCUUCUCGUCCCUGCCCAUGUUCGGCUUCCCGCAGUCGCUGCCGCCGCGGCCGGAGCGCGCCGGGGAGAGCGAGCAGGCCAUGCUYCCCGAGCACCCCAAACCCAGCAACGGCGUCCUGCGCCACCCGCUCGACGGUGACAGCAGCACCACCUGCUUCCAGCAGCUGCGAGUGAUCCCCAAAGUGACAAAGCACCUGCUCUCCAACCCCGUGUUCACCUGCAUCAUCCUGGCAGCCUGCAUGGAGAUCGCGGUGGUGGCCGGCUUCGCCGCCUUCCUGGGCAAGUACCUGGAGCAGCAGUUCAACCUCACCACCUCAUCUGCCAACCAGCUCCUGGGGAUGACAGCGAUCCCAUGUGCGUGUCUGGGCAUAUUCCUGGGUGGUCUCUUGGUGAAGAAGCUGAGCCUGUCAGCUCUGGGAGCCAUCAGGAUGGCCAUGCUGGUGAACCUGGUGUCCACAGCUUGCUACGUGUCCUUCCUGUUCCUGGGCUGCGACACGGGACCCGUGGCAGGGGUUACUGUUCCCUAUGGAAACAACUCAACUCCAACCUCAUCUCUGGACCCAUAUUCCCCCUGCAAUAACAACUGUGAAUGCCAAACUGAUUCCUUCACUCCAGUGUGUGGGGCAGACGGGGUCACAUACUUAUCUGCCUGCUUUGCUGGCUGCAGCAGCACGAACCUCAGUGGCUGUUCGUGCCUCUCCUCGGUCCCUGCCGAAAACGCCACCGUCGUUCCUGGCAAAUGCCCCAGCCCYGGGUGUGAAGAGGCCUUCCUGACAUUCCUGUGUGUGAUGUGCGUCUGCAGCAUGAUGGGGAGCUUGAAUCGAUUUCUCUCUCUGUUUCUCCCUCCUCCUUGCAGAACCGUGAGCCCCGAACUCAAGUCUUACGCUCUGGGGGUGCUUUUCCUGCUGCUCCGGCUGCUGGGUUUCAUCCCGCCCCCGCUGAUCUUCGGGGCUGGCAUCGACUCCACGUGUCUGUUCUGGAGCACGUUCUGCGGCGAGCAGGGAGCGUGCGCUCUCUACGACAACGUGGUCUACAGGUACCUGUACGUCAGCAUCGCCAUCGCCCUCAAAUCCUUCGCUUUCAUCCUCUACACCACCACCUGGCAGUGCUUGAGGAAAAACUAUAAAAGAUACAUCAAGAACCACGAAGGUGGUCUGAGCACUAGUGAGUUUUUUGCCUCUACUCUCACCCUAGACAAUCUGGGGCGGGACUCGGUGCCCCAAAAUCAACCACAUAGGACAAAGUUUAUCUAUAACCUUGAAGAUCACGAGUGGUGUGAAAAUAUGGAGUCUGUUUUAUAGUGACUGUGGAGGGGUGAACUAUAUUAAUAAUACAAGGGUCCUUUUUAAUAAAAAACAAGGAGAGAGCACRAGUGAAAGAAGAAACACAACUGCAAAACAGCAACGGCAACACAGGAAAGAAACUUUUGUCUUUUUUCUCAAAGUCAGACCCAACCAGGAUUGUUGAGAACAGCAUCUUUUCAUGGGAUCACUUGUGACAUCCUGCAGGGUGCUGCAGAAAGCAGGGAGCCCUUGUGGCUGGGAUGCCACUGUCACUGUGAUGACAGUGAGGGCAUCUGCAGAGGUUCAUUGGGAGCUCGACACAGCCUGGCCAGGAGGGCAGGGAAAGUGGGUGAUAAAAGUGAGGUGAUAACAGAGAGGUGAUAACAAUGAGAAGAUAACAGCAAUAGGUUCUUUCCCAKUUGAGAUGGGGUGUGUGGAGCCCUGCAGGGCUGGCCAGGCUGGGUGCUGCUCCCACCUGUGUGCGAUGGCAAAGAGGGAGUGGUGCUGGAGCUCUUCCACCAGUCACACUCUGUCACCAGCCACGAGUCCACCAGGAAUACCGUGAAAGCUGCUGGAAACCUUCCCGGUGGCGAGAGAUGCUGUCAGGGGUAUCYAAGUCCUUCCAGCCCAGGCUUAUUCACAGAUUGCAGCUUCCAGGCUGUCUGUGAAGAGCUGUGCUCAGAUCUCAAACCCACUAGAGUUCGAGACAUUUGCUCACACUUUGCCAAACGUGCUGUCAUUUUUUAAAGGGGGAUGAGUUCCAAAUACUUAUCUGUGUAGUCCUCUAAUAAGAUGUUUUUUAAAAUUAUUUUCAGAUCUGUGUUAACCCUUAAAUCGCUGACACUUUUCCAUGAGGAGGAUUUAUUUAUGCUAGUUUGGGGAAGGAUCCUGUUUAAUUCACCCAAACAUAAUGUGACUCAAGGGGUUUGUUUAAUCCUCUGCAUUUUUUAUCCAUACGCCUUCAUUCUAAUAUGCUACCAAGCCAAUGAAGACACAUAAUAUGUUUUUAAAAAAGAGAAUGAAUGCACUGUGUCUCUAUAAAAACAAUUGUCAGUUGGAGAAUUAUAGAUAAUAUGAUGAUUUACAUAAUAUAGUUUUUUUCAUAUUCUAUGUGACUCAGUGAAUACAUAUAUAUGUGGAGAGGCUGUUUAUGUUCUCUCCAGUUUUUAAAGAUAUAUAUAUAUAUAAUUUGCAAUCUAGAAAUUGUGUGGUGGAUGUUUUCUUUAAAGUAAGUGCGUGUGUGUGCGUGCGUGUGUGUGUGCGUGUACAAGACGAGAGGAAUACUGACCUUAAACCUUCAACCCUCACAUUUGCUAUUUUAUUUUUCACCUGAGACAUUCCACUGACUUUCAGUGGGAGCUGUGUGAGGAAGAUGGAAUAACCUCCUCUCCUGGAUGCCACAUUUUGCUCUGACGUGUGGGARUAGUGUUCCUCUGGGUGAUGGGAGCAGAGCUGGCCAGCUCUGAGCAACUCAAACUUCAAUUCMGCUCCCCACAGAGCAUCCAUGCAGGAGCAGAUUUGGCUUGGCUCCUGCAGUGCAUCUUACCUAAGCCUGCAAAAACCACGGGGAAACUUUUUGUCUGAUUACAAGAAGCGUGGGGGUUAUUUUGCAUGCAUAUUUUUGUUUUCCAAAACAUUCCUGCUGGGAAGCAGUACAAAUUGGCAGCAUUUGAUGAGGUUUUUCCCCAGGAACCAGACUCRUUUCCAAUGGACUAAAUGUCAGAAGGGUUUUAAGGGUUAGCAUUGUAACUAAAAGUUCCUUUUUUUUUUUGGUUUGAAUUUCAAAGCUGUUGUGAAAUYGAGGAUGUUUAGAGGAGUAAUCUGGUGUGUUGAGUCAACUGCUGGGUGUCACUUCCAUGCAGGUGGCAGAGGGGCUKGUCUUGCCCAAGUCUUUGUCCAUUGCUGGCAGUGGACGCUGCAAACCUGGCACAAUUACCAAGGGUUGAUAAUUCAGCACCUUUUUAGCAGACUUUCCUGUUAUCCAGGCUUUGGAACGUGGGUGUGGGGUAUCAAAACUGCUUCCACCUGACUGAUUUUACAUGUGUGUUUGUAAUUUAUGCAAUUACAAUUGGAAUUACAUGUUCAGCAACAAUAAGGGCAGGAAAGAAGGGUGUAUCAAAAAAACUCCACUGUGCCAAAUACUCAACAAAUAUUGUAACUGCAGAUAUUUGAUUCUUGGGUUUCAGCCAUGUUAAGAAUCACUUGAUUGAUGAAGGAGUUAAAGGAAGAAAAAAAUAAUAUUAAGCUAUGCAGUGCCAUUGUUAUGUUGGGUGGUAAAUGAUGCUUUUUAGACCAUUACAUUGGUUUGGUAUAUCCUGUCUGCUAAAACAGAGAUACUGCAUCCAUAAAACAAUGAAUUCAAAAAAGGCACARGGUGCAUAACUGUCUCAUAAAAUAUAUAUAAUUGUCAAGUAUAAACCUUUGAAAUCAUUCUGUACAGUUCUCUUCAUUCUGCAGAUUUAUUACUUAGACUGCUGUCUUUUCAAAUGUUAACUCAUAAUUUUAUACUAUACACACACUUUCAGACUCGAACACAAAUGUCACAGAAUAGAACCUUUCUAAAAGCCUGAUUGCUUGAAAUUUCAUAACCCCUUUCACAGUUUCAUGGUUUUCCCCUCUGAAAGUCCAAGGUGAAGGAGAAUAGCAUGCUGACGUGAUGUGAAGCAAACUCACAGUGUUCAUGAGCUGUGAUUUGUUGGUACAGUCAAAAGUCCCACUUGACCGGAGCUAUAGAAACAGGAUUCCAGGGCACAUUACAUUUUCWUUUUUAUUUUUUCCUUAUUUUUUCCAYUGAUCUCUUCUCAAUAUGUAUGGGAGAUGCAGUUGAAUGAGGUUACUUACAUUAUUUUUAAGCUGUAACUUGAAAUUCCUGCAUGAUUGUUAUUUUUUUUUUCUUUUUAUAAUCGAACUUUUGAAAAGCUUUCCCCCAUCCCACUCUUUUUUUUUUUUUCCCCAAGGUUAUAUCUGAUGCCUGCAUCAUGAAGGGCUUUGCUGUCAGUGCUUCGGUACAGAUUUAAGAGCAGAACUUUAUUUUAAAAACACACAGACCCAAACACACAGACGAGCACACAGAUGUUUUCAUCCACACCAGCAGGCAUUUUGUUUUUUUAUGAUUUCAGAACCACAAGCCAUUUUUGCCUGCAACCCAAGUCUUGUUACAGAAUAAUAAAUGAAGAGUGUCAGAACAUCCUCCUGCUUCCCAAACUGCAUUGUGGGCCUUCACCUGUCAGCACUUCACCUCCAUCCCGCAACUGCCUUAACCAUGCAGGGAACUUAAAAACAAGGAUGRAGUUGGAAAAAUGCCCAGGAACAGAAACAUGGUGUGGUCUGAGCUGUGCAGUCCAGAUGCAGUGGUGGAAAUUGUUUCUUCGUGUUCAAGGGCAUUGAGAUGCAGGGGUUUGUUGAGGCCUCGGUCUCAGCAGAAAUGUUGUUGUGGCAUUUCCAAGCACUGUGGCUGUCUGCUAAGGAAUGGGAUGUCUGGAGGAAUAAUCUGCCUGAGAUUCAGCAGUCUCUGGGAUUGACCAGUUGCCUUGCAUGACUUGAGAUUGGGGUUUCCUUUCCCUGGCACAGAUCCCGCUUUGGCAUAGCCCUAGUGGAAUCAAAAGGGGACCCCAGUCUAAAACUGGUGCAGAUGACACUGRAAUCUGUUUCUCUGCAUCUUUGUUAACAAAGUGAUGCAUUUCCAGAACCUUCUUUGAAUACAUUUAGAAAUCAAUUCAUUUUUCUGACUUUGCCCAGCACAUCUUGGAUGUAGAGUGGGACCAACAAAGUSCAUCACUUGAAUUAUCACUUGAAURUCACAAACCUUCCAUUCCUGGCAGUUCAGCUAACAGUGGCYUCUCUCUGCCAUUCCCCUGUGAGAUGCACUGAACUCCUCACUGCUGCUGUUAAUCUCAGCUGGGUCUCACCUCGCUCAGGAGGUGAGGAGGGAGAGAUGCAGAGAGGAAUUAGCUUCCAUUAUCUGAGUUAUCUAUGCUUCAAAAUGCUUUAAAUUGAACUGAUGGUCUGCAGACAUUUGGAAAGUGACUGGAGUAUUUCCAAAUGGUUGAGAUGCAUUGACUUGUUUUUCCUUGAAAAAAAAAAAAAAAAAAUCAAAAUUAAGGGAAUGAAUGUGAUUUGGAGCCCCUCCUAUCCCCAUCAGAGCUUUAUGUUCAUCACAUUGCAGUGGAGGCAGUGUGUUAAAGGUUCACUUUGUGUCUCAGACAGACACACGUUUUUUCUCAGUAGAUGAGGUCCUGGGACACAGGAAGGUAACUCCAUUUCACAACCAGCAGUUUCACUCCACAACCAGCCCACAACCAGCACUGUGAGGCUUUAGCCCCCCGAGUCUGCCAUGGCAGAGUUUGUCACAGCUGGGUGUGUUGGGCCUGGUUUUUCCUUCAGAUCUGGGAAUUCUUGGUGUGAUGUUUGCUUUAUUCUCAGCAGGUGAUGUGGGGAAUUGUCAGUGUAAAAGACACRUGGAAAUCUUCACUGGACUGAAGUGGUGACAGCUUUGUUCCUUUAUUCACAAGGGUUCCCAGCCUUGCUCCUGCUCUGCCUUUAAACACAGCCAUGCUCAUCUGUCCCCUAAUUUCAUGUGAGCGCUGUUUGCAGACAGGAGCAGGUUUGUUGUUCUCUCUCCAGAUCUCAUUAAUAUGUGCAGAGCUCACAAAUUCCCUGUGCACAGGGCAGAGCUUCCCUGAUUACAAGCAAUAAUUGUGACCUGCUCCUGUUUGAAUUAGGAGUUCUGGCUUUCCUUACCUAAACCUGGGCUCACCUUUCCCAACAUCCCACACUGCUGCUGUGCCUCUCACCAGGAUUAGUGGGAACAUGAGCAGCAGUUUCUUAAGAUGGGAAGCUUUGGUGUGAGCCAAGUYCAGCCACSGUUUUCUGAUGGUUGAGAUUGAUCYGAGGAGGARAGGACGUUGUAUCCAAGCCACUCUGUGUCCCUGGGAGGAUUAUCCACCCUGCUGUAUCCCAGACCCAUGGUUUGUGGGUUUUCCUUCCACAUUAACCAUCAGCUUCCUUUCUCCAGCCACAGUUCUUCCUUCCCUGGUGGCAAACACAGCUUGGCUAUGCCAAGUCARUACCAGGUAUCCAGAGUUACUGAGUGGCAUUUGAAUUUGCCUGGGAUGCCAGCAGAUCUCACUUAGUUUUAUCURUGUUCAAAAUGUUAUCGUUUGUUCUGCUUAUAUACCCUAAAUCUGAAAUUUCUAGGCUGCAAAUGAUGUUUUUUAUCAUUCCGUUGACAUUUCUAGCCAAUCUGAGUCUUAAUACAAUUGCUUUGCUGAAAAAUGGCCUUGCAGUAGUUCURAGAAAUGAGGCAUUUCUUUAUGAACUGGUGAUGCCAAGUAAAAUCUUUGGCCAUGGUGUGUUCUCUGAAUCCAGGGGAGCAGAAGGAAGCUCUGCCUGCCCAGAACCAAUACUGSUGUUUUCUGUGGCAGAGUGUGAACAUGUUCUGCUUUUCUUUCAGCUUCAGCUGUUUAGCUCUGAGCAUCUUUUGGUCCCAAAAGGACCAAGGGAAUUCAGGAGAAGCCACAUGGACAGAGCAAUCCAUUCAAGAGUAGGACUUUAGGGUGUUUGUAGUGUUUAUUUUUGUUUUGUUUGUCAAAGCUUUGCUUCAAUCUAUAUUUGUUUCGUGAAUGGAGUGACCCCAGGCAUGGGGUGUUUGGGAUGGGAUGAGUUUGUGAUGUUUCCCUGACUUUAUCUGAUUAAAUAUGGCACAGCAGGGUGUCCAACCCUAGGAAGGAAAAGAUUUGUCAAACCCUGAACUGUUUGUAGUGCUGGACUGAUUCUACACAGAGUUGAUCUCUGCGUAUGGCAGAAAGCAAUAAGGAAUUUGUCAGCUCCAACUUGGCAAAUAAUUUAUAGCAACUUCAUGAAUGAAUUUUUCCUUUUAUUUCUUCCUUCCAAACUGAGAAAACCAAGACAAUACCUUUUGUGUAUUUGCAAGGUGUUYUCUGCUUAUCAUCUGGUCUGGAGGAGUUGGAAAAGCUUUCUUAAAAUUYAUACACAGGGGUUUGUUCUGGAUGGACAUAAAACUCACAGGGGAUAUUUCUGCUCCCCCCUAGGCUGGAAUUUUCUCAUCAGUAAAAAUAUUUAGUUCAGAAAUACACGAUUAGGAAUUGAGUAAGAGGAUCCAUGCUCAGUGCCAGUGGGCUGAGCGCCACRCAGUGCUCCAGAGUGCUGGCUCCCAACUCUCAGUCCACUUUCCAGGAAUAUUUUUCAAAGAUGCUUGAAAUUCUAACCUCUCCCAGUGUUCCUAUGGUUAACUCGCUCAUCUGAGUAAUUUCUGAGAGCAAAGGCCAGAAGGGUACGAACCCAGACCGAACCAAAUGGGUAUUGAGGUGAAGCAGGUGGCGUGAAUUUCAUUUGCGAUGUUUGCACAGCUCUUGGAUCGGAAGCAGAAGCCUCUCGGGCAUCAAGAGAGUUGCACAUGGCCUGACAUAUCUUAGUUCUUCCCAACUGCAUUGCCUGGURGCGGGGCAGCAGGAGGAAUCUUUUCCCUGCCACGGAUCUCUCAGCCCCAACCCCGUUCUGUGUCGCAGUCCGGCAUCGCACAAACGCACACAKCGCGUUCACCCCGCAGUGCAAACAGUGCCACGUCUCCGGUGCCUCACAACUCUAACUGUGAACUUGAAAGGAAGAAACGACCCCUGUUCUACACCUGAGGCCCUCCCUGCCUGAUCAGAGGAGGAGGAGGAUCCCUCUUUGAGGACUCAAAGGUGUUUUUGUGAAGUUUUAGCGCAGCAGGACCCAACGGUGCUCUGUGGUCACGGGUGCCCUGUUUGUUCCCUGUGCUCGGGGUCUGUGGCUUGGCUGCAGCUCCACGUUGCCUUCACGGUGAGGAGGCUGCACCUGACAAGUGCUAAGGGCUGCCAGUGCUCUGUGACCACCAAAGUUUUGGAGUUAGCCCAUGAAAGCAGCUUCCCUCACCUGCUUUUGGGAAGGAGCCGUCCCAGAGCGGGUUCGGAGGGAAACUCUUGGUUCAGGGAGUUCUUGGUUCACUUUGGGUGCCAGAUCCGUAGGGAGGAGGGGGUGGGAUGGAGCAGGGGAAGAGCUGUGACCUUUUMAAACCCAUAGUGCCUACCAAUGCAAAUGGAACGCUGUAUUGUAUUGUAUUAUACGUGACUACCGUGUAAAUAAAGUACAAUAAAUGUGGUGUUCGUUAGGAUUUUGAUACAAGUCAAAUGCAGAAUUUUUUUUUUCCCUGCUGUGUGUACUUAUAUCACAUUCCAGGCACGGGGGCAGUUGGAGCAAUGCAUAAAUGGCAUCAGAUGGGGUGUAUUUGCAGCRAGGCUGUUGGAAAAUUCCUUUUUCCUGUGCAGAUGAGACACGAGCAGCGUCUGAAAUCAGARGUGAGGAGUGGGGGCAGUUUGCACAGGCAGGAGGGGAGCACAUCACACCUUGGUGUGGGCCAUGCCUCACUCAUGGUGCAGAAAAGCCAAGUUUCAGUUUGGCUGAGCUCUCUGUGUGUUUUCCUGCUGCAGGGGUUGAGCAGCAGCAUGUGCCCUGCCUGUGCAAUCCCYCCUGGUUAUCCCCCAGCCCUGACAGCCCUUAGUGGUAGCUAAAGAUGAGCAAACUCAARAGCUUAAAAUUCAAAGCAGAUCGAGGACGAAGUUCUGUUUGUAACCAGCUGGCUCCUCUCUGUCUCUGGCAGAGAUUGAGGAGUUUUGGCUAAUAAGAAUAUCAGGAACUUAAUUUGUUCCUUAACCCAUUCCCUUAUCCAUCCUUCUCAUUCUCCAUGGUGUAAAUAAAGAAAAUAACACAUUUUCACRAGGCAGGUCUGCCACGUGCCCUCCAAAUCCUGAUGCAGCUCUUGAAUGGUUGUUGGUGGGAGUUUCUCCAGGCUCCAGAAACUCAGGAUUUCUCUGACAAAUGGUGUGUGGGUGUAAUUCUUCCAUCAGUGCAUGGAGGGUGCUUCCACUGUGAUUCUCUUGUUGGAGGACAGGAGUUUGUCACACCUGUGGCUCAAAGCUCACCUGCAGAGCUCUGGAGAAGGUUUUUUUCUGCACAGAACUUCUCCACAAUCAGUCUGUAGGGCCUGGAUGAACCCACCUUCCCCUGCCUCRGGCUGGGGGUUACUGUUCUGCAGUGCCCAAGGGAAGGUGGUCCCUCAGAAAGGUCUUUCAACUGUGCUGGUUUGACUGCUGGUGAUUUUUCAGAUGUUUAGCAGCACUUCCAAAAUAAACCAAAACCUGGUUUGGAAAUGUUUCACUGUACAAUUGACUUAAAAAAAAAAAAAAAAAAAAGAGAAGCCACAUGCUCGAUAUAUUUUGAGUACUGUGUUCUGUAUUUUUGCAGCUUAUAUUUUCCAGAUGAGCAGUUUAGAAAUAUGUGAUGUGAAAUACAUACUGUAAGUUUGCUGUAAAUGAUAUUAAAAACACUAUUUUCAUUCUUCUGCUGUCUCACUGGAUGAUCUCUUUGGUUCUCCCAGGUUUGCUGGUGCUCUGACUGUCCCAGAAAGUUUUCAGUCUCAGUAAAAGCAGGGUUGAGAGUUCAGGUUGGAGGUUCUAAUGUUGAAAGUUUGCUAGAAAUGGCAGUGGGGAUGAACGUGUUCUGUGCAUGUGCAGUGCCUUCAGAGCAGUGACUGUGACAGAAAGGAAGGCAGGUUUUGGGGAAGGGCAAGAUGAAAUYUAAUUAAUGGAGAAAGGAAAGAGAGA